AUGCUGCUGUUGACUUUGAUUUUGGGCACAUUAGGUGCUGUCGAUGCCGUGAGCGGUCCACGGCAGCUGCGUCAGUCACCAAGAGACGUUGCUCGUAGGCAGGCGAAGGCCACUUACCAAGCCUACACCAUUGAUCAGCCCAUCGACCAUUUCCACAAUGAGACCAAAUACGCACCGCACACCAAUGCCACUUUCAAACAGCGUUACUUUUUCGACAGCUCAUACUACAAGCCAGGUGGUCCGGUCUUCUUGUACAUAGGCGGCGAGACGAACGGACAAAACAGAUUCUCGAACCUCGAAACUGGCAUCAUCCAAAUUCUGAUGGAGGCAACCAACGGUCUGGGAGUCAUUCUCGAGAAUCGCUACUAUGGCGAGAGCUUCCCGUUCAACAUAUCCUCCACGGACGAGCUACGAUUCCUCACUACUGAGCAGACUAUCGCUGAUAAUGCAUAUUUCGCGCAGCACGCCACAUUUCCUGGCGUCAAUGGGGCGUUGACCGCACCAGAUACACCCUGGAUUCUGUACGGAGGUUCACUGGCUGGUGCUCAAACGGCCUUCUCGGUGAAGACAUAUCCGGACGUGCUCUGGGGAGGCAUCGCUUCUUCGGGAACGACGAAGGCAAAGUUGGCUUACCCGCAGUGGUAUGAUCCUAUUCAGAAGUACGCUCCUCAGGACUGUGUGGGGAGUAUUAAUGCUAUCGUUGACAAGAUCGAUUAUGUUUUCGAGCAUGGAAAUGCGUCUGAAGUUGAUCACAUGAAGAGCGUAUUCGGUCUGGAGGCAUUGAAGGAUGACAGAGACUUCGCGAUGGCGAUCGCGUUUCCUUUGGGCGGGCCAAUGAAUUAUCCAACGAAUACCUGGCAGGAAAUCAUCUGGGCCGACAACGGCUCCGACGACUUCUUCCACUUCUGCAACAACGUCACCAACCUCGACGCUACCUCAAACAUCACCUCCAUUGACCACGAACUCUCUGCUUACACCAAUAACGAGUCCUGGCCUAAUCUCGGCAACUAUGCAAACUACAUCAAACAAUACCUCGUAUCUACAUGCACCAGCGGCGAUAUCGCUAGCACAUCUUGCUUUGGCACCCAGAACAAAACCUACUAUGCUGACACCACGAACUCUGCUUCUCGAUCCUAUCUCUACAGUACCUGCACCGAAUCUGGCGCAUAUCAAGUCGCGAACCCCACCGGACCAAGCCUUCUCUCGAGGGUCGUGCAGCUCGACUAUACUCAGCAAUGGUGCGACUGGGCUUUUCCUCCCGGAGAGCAUAAUCAUAUCCCUUCGGCGCCAGAUCUCCGUCCAUACAACAAAUAUGGCGGAUACAAUGUUAUCGCUGACCGCCUAGCACACAUCGAUGGUGAUCAAGAUGUCUGGCUAGAUCUGUGUUAUCAUUCUGCUGAUGCGGGUCCGAGAAGGACGACGAAUGCGGAAGAUGCGUACUUACAUCCGCAACUGUUGAUCACCGGUGCAGGGCAUCAUUGGGAUUCCUACGGAAUCAAAGACGUAUCUGCAGAGCCACAGUUUAUUCGAGCGGCGCACGAGUGGGAGAUUCGUGUAGUGAGAAAGUGGUUGCAGAUGUUUAAC